AUGGAUGAUUUAACAAUUGCUACCCAAAUAGAUGUUCAUGGCGAGGAUGACACACAAUGUAAAUCCAUUUUAGGUAUGGAAUUUGACUCUGAACAAUUAGCUUAUGAAUUUUAUAAUUCUUAUGAAGGAAGAGUUGGAUUUAGUAUUAGAAAAGAAUAUGCUCACAAAAGUAAGACUGGUGAAAUUACUUCAAGGACAUUUGUUUGUUCUAAAGAGGGUCUUAGAAAAUCUGAUAAAAGAGAUUUUGCUGUAAGGAUUCCUAGGGCGGAGACAAGGACCGGUUGUGAUGCUUUGAUGAGCAUUAAAUUAAUCAGCGGUCCUGGUGGGGUAAGAAGUGUUUUGGGAAAGUUUAUAGAUGAGUAUGAGGAGGAAGAGGAAUUUUUUGCAGCUUAG